CUUUCAAAUGCCAACCGCGACGACCACAACGACUAUUACUGGCUCUUCGCCACAUACAAUCCACAAGCCCACCAAAGUCUCUUCGUCGCUCUCUACCACGUUGAACACCUUGAUUGAUCGUGCAGGUCGUGCAUUUGUCAACCACGAUCUUCAACUCAGUCAGUCUCUUGUUGAUUCUGCCUUCACCCUCCUCUAUCCUCCUCUAUCGCUACCCGACGCGCUCAAUGACAACAGGAAAACCUGGGAUAUAUUUCGGAUAACUCUUGAGGCCCAUGUCUAUGCAUCGCCUCCUGCCGCUGAGGACGUCCCGGAGCAUUUGAAGGAGAUAAUGUUGCAGUCGCCGCAUGCGUUGAUGACGAGGAUGUACCAACGGUCGCUUACCCUGUUUACCCCGGCUAGUGGGUCGUCAAAGAGCGUCGCGAUGGCAAACGUGGUCUAUAUACCCCCGUCAGUGAUCAAUACCCUCGUCUAUGCCAGUCUCAAGGUCAACUGCUCCGAUGUCGGCCGGGUUAUCAUCGAGGAAUGGCUCGCUCAUCGACAUGGCCGCUUGUCAACGAUCCAUACCCAUUAUGAUGCGUACAAGAAGAUCCUUGCGAUAUACUGCUUGCAGAUUUUGCCGGCCCUGGAGCAAUGGGAUUAUGCCAAAGAGUUUUUGGACUACGAAAGCGAGCUGUCGCCCAGAUCGCGGGAGUAUCUACAAUCCUCGUUAGCCAGGCUUUGUAUACAGGCACAAGCAGUGCGGCAGCCGCCAUCUUCACUUCCGGAUCCCCCACCUUCAUCUUCCUUUUCGAGUACAUCGCCCUCGCCUUCGUCCGACCGUAGCUUCUCGCCGGCUCCAUCAUCGUCCUCUUCCUCCUCUUCUCUUUCAACGACCUCCACCCAUACGGUCGUUCCUUCGACUUCCAAAGGGCUUCAUGUUGCCCAAUCAAUGACUUCAAUCACUACUCUUCCGUCAGCUUCUCAGUCUACGACAUCCGUAUCAUCAGAUGGUACCGCAAGACUUGCACGAUCCGACAGACCAUCAUCCUCGCUGUCUGACCGCAAGCAGAAAACGCAGCGCGAAACCAUGAUUAGACGUACACUGUCUCCCGUUACGAGUGUCAUCACACACCCUGUUGUACCGUCCACUGAAAUCCGAAGCCCAACGACCUUUGCGUUGAUGAAAGCUUACGUAGCUUCCAUUUUAAACUCGACCAAGCUAACGACGUUUUUGAUUCUCGCGGUGAUAUUCCCAUUGAUAUCAAUGAUGUUGCGGUUUAGGCGGCGGCGGCGGUUAACUGCAGAUGGGACAGUCAAUACUGCUGAUAUGGUUAGAAAGAGACUUCAAGCUGUGAACGGGAGAGAAGCUGGUGUUCUUGGGAAGGCUUGGAGCGAGAUAGCCAGGGUUUUGAUGGAUACGAUCAGAAUGGGAGGGAGUGGAUUAGUCUAAUUAUUUGCUACUACUAUAAUUAACGGAUCUAACUUAUUUCUUCUGCACGUUCUCGGUCACCCUAGGUGCAGAAAUCUUUUUGGAGUGGCCUCGAGGCUAGUGCAAAGGCUAGAUAUAUAAAAUCAAACAUUAUGGCUUCGACUUCUUUUCUUUGUAGGUGCCAUCAUCAGGUCUUCCAAGCAACGACGAUGACCGAUUAUGACUGCAACACAAUCCUGGAGGAAGACCGCGACCACGAACUCAGAGUUAUCUUCAACCCGCCGCUAUAUCUCCAACGAAAAAUAUGGAUUCUCGAUGUGAUGAGGAGAGAGAGCGUUACUGAUGUCAGUCGAUGCUUUUCACAGCUUUGCUCUCACUGUAACUGGCCCAGGUCGUCGAUAUUGGUUGCGGCGAGGGACAGCUUCUAACAGCACUCUGCCAGCCAGCUCCGUGGCUUGGCC